UAAUUAGUUUGAUACAGAAGUUGUUAAUGUUCAAGUAUUUUUAUCACUACAAUUUAAUAUUUCCACUUGUCGCCAUCCUUCACCGUCGUCAAUAUGUGAUUAAAAUAUAUAGAUGAUAUGAACAACUAUUAUCUAUAAGUGUGAUCAAAAAGUGUUUAGGAAUUCUUAGGAAAUCAAAUUUUUAAAUAUAGUAUUAAUUAUUGUUAAACUAUAUUUAAUAGUUCUGCCUUCCAUCAUGAUUUUAACAGUUAUAUUCUUGGGUCUUCUUUAUUUGGUACAAGCAAAUGAUGACAGUCUUGUAGCAGUACAUUUGCUCUUCCGACAUGGAGACAGAACUCCUGAAAUUGAAAAUUUGUACAAAUCUAGCCCAUAUUAUAAUGGUUCCUCUUUUAAACCUUUCGGAUUUGGUCAACUAACUAAUGAAGGAAAACUAAAAGUUUAUAAUUUAGGAAAGGAAAUUCGCCAACGUUAUUCGGGGUUUUUGGACGAAGAGUACAGCAUUGAUGUAAUCAAUGCACGAAGUAGUGAUUUUAAUAGAACCAAGGCAUCAUUACAAUUAAUGCUGGCAGGAUUAUUUCCACCUACCAAGGAUCUAACUUGGUUACCUGGUUUGAACUGGCAGCCUACACCAUACGAAUACGUUGGAAGACAUUCAGACCAGGAAUUAUUCGGUUUUGGAUGUGAAAGAUGGGAUCCGAUAUUCCAAGACUUCUUAGCAUCAAACGAUCUUAGCAAAUAUGACAAGCUACUAGCAACUCUUACUAAUAAAACAGGAGAACCCUGUAACUCUCUCUUAAGAGGUUAUCUUUUAUAUUUUGGAUUUCAAAUUUUGACUGAACUUAAUUACACCCUACCAGAUUGGGCAAAUGAGGUUUAUCCAUACCCAUUAACGAAUCUGACACUGGAUUACUAUGCUAUGAUUACAGGAUCAACAACACUACGACAAAUGUGUGGAGGAUAUCUAUUAAAACAUAUUCUUGAUGACACUCAGUCAAAAAUUGAGGAUAAAUUUCCAGCCAAAAAAAUGUUUAUAUGGUCCGGCCAUGAAAAUAAUAUCGUUUGCCUUCUACGUGUUAUGAAUCUUUUGAAACAUGAUAUGUUUCCAAAUUAUGGAAGUUUUGUUGCACUUGAGCUUCAUAAAAUAAACUCUACUUACGGAUUUAAGAUUUAUCUUAAGAACGAUGAUAAUGAACCAAAUUUGUUAACAAUACCAAAUUGCGACAGCUUUUGUCCCUUAGAAAAAUUUAAAAGUUUAGUACACGAAAAUAUUCCAGAAGAUAUAUCAUUCUGCAGAGGAAAUAAAACAUCCAGUGGUUCCCAGAUGUUCUCUCAAGUUAAUUAUAUAGUUUUUUGUUUUUUAUUUAUAUUUUUUUAUAAACGUAUUUAUAUUUAAAUAAAACAGUGCAAGAGGUUCUGAAACAAAAGUUCAAAAGAGGACAACAAUUUUUUCCACAGGUAUCCCAGAUUGUGCAACCGUGCUAUUUUUGCCGGCUUCUGAAAAUAUAAAAUAUACUACAAAAAAGCUUUGUGUC